AUGAAUAGAUUUGAGUAUGCUGAUUCUCGCUUUAUGCCAAACGAAAUUUAUGUGAGAUGCGAUAUGGUUGUGCGUCUCUAUGAUGGUGAUACAAAGACAAAUUUUGAAAAUGGAGAAUUAAUUCUAACUAGUCACAGAAUACUUUGGGGCAGACCUGGUGAUGUACAACGAGGUAAUACUUGUUUGUCAUUGUCACUUAGACAUAUCAUUUUCUUCGAAGAAGAAAAUCCUAGACCAUUUUCCUUUGGGCGUAGUAAAAAGAUUGUAUUGCAUCUCUCUGAACCUGCUAUUGAUAAGAUGCCUGGUCCAGCAGAUAAUAGUUUGUAUAAUUAUGUUAAAUUAUCAUUUAAAGAAGGUCUAGACCCAAAUUUUAUAACGCAAUUGUCUGAUACAAUUAUGAGACGAAUGUGGGAGUUUAUUUCUGAAGCUGAAUUAAUUGUAUCCAAUGUGAAUGAUAAUCAGAGAAAUACAAAACUAUUACCUCACAUAAAAACACGAACGGGUAUUAUAGGCAUUGAGAGAAGUCUACAAGAAAAACAGAAAGAAACUGACGAAAAUAUAUCAUUGGCAUUCCAAGAUCUUACAAAACUUAUGGAUAUGGCUAAAGACAUGGUGGCUAUCUCAAAGACCAUUUCAGUUAAAAUAAGGGCAAGACAAGGAGAUAUAACGGAGGAUGAAACUGUCAGGUUUAAGGCUUACUUAAUGAGCUUAGGUAUCGACGAUCCAGUAACAAGAGAUGCUUACAAGAGUAGCAAUGAGUACUUUAAACAAUUAGCAAAGCAACUUGCAUGUAUUUUGGAAGAGCCAAUAAAGGAAGUAGGUGGCAUGAUGACACUCACAGAUGUUUAUUGUCGAGUAAACAGAGCGAGAGGUUUGGAACUUUUAUCUCCUGAAGAUUUAUUACAUGCCAGUAGACAAUUAGCGCCUUUAGGUUUACCGAUUGUGUUAAGAAGUUUUGAUAGCGGUGUUAUGGUUCUUCAAAUUUGUUCUCACAAUGAUAAUGCUGUCGUUGAUCGUAUAACAGAAUUGUUAAAAGAAAAAAAAUCUAUGACGGCCGAGGAUCUUGCACAAUCGGAGGGAAUAUCAAUGUUAUUAGCACGUGAACGAUUGCUGGUUACGGAGAAAUAUGGCAAAGCCUGUAGGGACGAUUCGAUAGAAGCUCUGAGAUUCUAUCCUAAUCUAUUUUUAGAAGAAAUAUCUAGUGAAUAGUUUAAAGUUAUUACAAAUACAGGAUAUUUUCCGAAGUGUACUUGACUUUCGUGGCUCAACGUCUCAAUUCGCAAUUUUCAAAAAAUGGCCCCGAACGCAUGCCUAUUCCCGUGAAAAUUCUGAGCAACAAGAUGGUAUGUGGCGUGGUUCCCGCGCCACUUCUCUUACAUCCUCUCGUCAUUUGAGAUGCUCCCCUCUGUCUAAUGCUGUCAAGCAAUUAUGUUGCGUGAUGUACAAAAUAUAUUGCUAUUUUCUCAAAAAUAAAAAGCCGUGAGCAUUUCAGCUAACUUUCGUUUUUUGCUGAGCCACUAACAAAUGUUUAUCGAAAUGCUGAAGUUUCGGCUCGAUAGUCUGGACGCACUUUUAUAUUUCUGAGGAAACGUAAGGCGAUCAACGGAACAAAGAAUUAGACCAGAAUCAACGCAAGCAAAUUUCCU